AUGAUAAUUCGAUUUAGAAGUAAGGAUGGAAUGUUCAGAAUAAGCACGGAGCCUAAAGAUGACUUUCUUAAUUUGUUAGGAGAAUUAGUGAAAAAGCUUAAAACUAAUGAUGGUAGUAGCAUCUAUGUAAGUGAGAGCCCGGGAGCGAAGGGCCAACAAGCUAGUAGUCUUUGUGGCAAGUCCAUUGACGAACUAGGUUUGAAGAAUGGAGAUAUGCUUUUUGUCACUUAUGAAUCUGACGGUUCUAAGGAUAAUGAAAAAUCAGAUAUUAAUUCUGUGUCUGGAUCGAUAGGUAUUAGCGCAUCCUCAAUGCUUCCUCAAAAUGUCUCGAAAAUCAAACAAUUGCCUGUUGAUAAUGAGCUAGAUAAGAAGGACGGUUAUAUAAAGAGACCAAGAUCUCGAUUCUGCCGCCAUGGUGACAAAGGAAUGUGUGAAUAUUGCGCUCCUCUCCCACCUUGGGAUAAAGAGUACAGAAAAGAGCAUGGCCUCAAGCAUAUGUCAUUUCAUGCAUAUUUAGAUGAACUUAACGACCAUAAGAAUAACAAAAAUAACGCUACUUCAUAUAUAGCACCCUUGGAGAAUCUAAACUACAAUGUCAAUCUUAAUUGCCCCAGCAUGCAUGCCCCAUAUCCAAAGGGUAUCUGCUCGAAGUGUCAGCCCCCAGUUAUUACAUUGCAGCAACAACAAUUUCGUAUGGUAGAUCAUGUUGAGUUUGCGGAUUCACAACUUCUUAAUAAAUUCAUUGAUACUUGGAGGCAAACGGGUGUUCAAAGGUUUGGUAUUUUGUAUGGUACGUACGAAACUUUCGAUAAGGCUCCGUUAGGAAUCCGUGCCGUUGUUCAAGCGAUUUAUGAGCCUCCGCAAGCUGAUGAAGCGGAUGGAAUUACGCUCUUAGAAUGGGAAAAUGAAGAGCAAGUUGAUUCGGUAGCCUUUUCACUAGGAUUGUAUAAGGUUGGGGUGAUAUUUACCGACUUAACCGACUCUGGUGUUGGUGAUGGGACUGUUUUGUGCAAGAGGCAUAAAAGCACUUAUUUCCUCAGUGGGUUAGAGGUGAUGAUGGCUGCUAGAAAUCAAGUAAAAUAUCCUAACCAUACAAAUCAUGCCAAUAGCGGCUACUUCUCGUCGAAAUUUGUUACAUGUGUUGUUAGUGGGGGUCUAAAAGGAGAGAUUGAACCCCGUUCUUAUCAGGUGUCUACUAAUGCAGAAGCUCUUGUCAAAGCUGAUAUCAUCACUGCAUCAACUCAGCCUUCGAUGAUGUACAUCAACAAUACUGACAGUAAAAGAUAUGUCCCGGACAUUUUUUAUCUGAAAAUUAAUGAGUAUGGUUUAGAAGUCAAGACAAAUGCAAAGCCUGCGUUUCCAGUUGAAUAUUUGUUGGUGACGUUACUGGACUCCUUUCCAUUGGAGCCAAAGCCACUCUUUUCGUCCGAUUUCAUUAUCGAGAACAGAGACUUCAUGGGAGACGUUCAAGAUCUCAGUGCUGCCUACAAGUAUCUUAGCAAUGAUGCAUCUGGAGACGGAUCCAGGCUCAGAGAUUUCCAUUUUCUAAUUUACGUUGAACGCAUGGGCAUUUUAGAGAAACAUGAGCUCUCUUUACUUUUGAAGUUUGUGAGAGAUAAAGACUACGAGACAUAUUUACAACUCGUGGAAAGUCCUGGCUGGAUGACCUUCAUAAUUAUCCUAGAGCAAAGCUCCUAA